CAAUAUAUAAACCUAUAGGAAACUCGAAAGAUUCAAGAAUACAAAUAAAAAAAAAAAAAACAAUGAAGAUCACACAGAUACUAUACAAGCAACAUUUAGGUAGGCUGAUUAGAUCGAUAUGGCAUGCAAAACGAGAACGCAAAAUAGUGCCUACAAAAACAGAAGAGCAUUUGAAAAAAUUGGGAAUUACAAUAAAAGAUCCUAUAGAAGUACUUCCAGCAAAAGAAAAACAGAGUGACAGAAUUGAGAUAAGUAAGGAUAUGUUCCUAAAUCCGAAAAUAGUAUUUGAUAACACCCAUCCUGAGUGGAAGGCCAAUUCCUGUCUGAUAUUUAAGGAUCAUAAUGUCUUGCAAGAAGGAGUUCGGCAAGCACAGUUAUUAACAAAUACUAUACUUCUGCCAGAUAACUCGUUCAGUUAUAUCACAGAUUUACAACCAGAUUUACCAGAUUAUGUAGAUGAUAUAGUUAAAAGAAUAAUUUAUACUUCAAGCAUAUUUGAUGCUCAUCAAGAACCACUACCGAAGAGAAAGGAUCUCGAGAGGCCUGCAUGGGUGUUUCCCAAAGAUUAUGGCAUAACUAAUUGCAGAAAAAUGCGGAAUCUAUCUAGAAAACUCUUACAACUCUGUGAAUCCCUAGCUGGACCGGAUAUUUGUCAAAAACGAUGUGUUUUAUUUGAUGGUAUUACACAAUUGAACUUAGAAAGAGAAUCAGAACUCAUCCAGUUCACUUUGAGAUCAGACGUGGCGGUCAUGUCCUCGAGUCCUUUAAAAGCGCUAGAAAGUUCAAAUUAUACAGAGAUAGAGCUGCCGAACAUUUAUCCGAUACACUAUAUGAUCGGCUUAGAUAAGACAAACUUCUACAAAAUCGAGGAUAUAUAUCCUGUUGGCGCAACGUCACCUUGGAUAAACGUUCAUACCAUUUUCGUGCACUACGAUCCUACGGAAGUAAAAAAUCUGACGGAGUUGCCCGUGACGGAGGAUCAGAUUAUCAGUCGCAGCAUGAUAAAGUCAUACACCGCAGCGGCGUUUUGCGCGCGUCAAAAAUUCGGCAUGUCCGUGAAAAAAUUACCGGAACCCGUGACGGUGCAGUGCAUUCAAUCGGACGGAAAGAACUAUCACUUCUUUGUGUAUCAACUUAAUUCGUUGGACAUCAAUGACACGAGCACAAAGAAUUUUUGGUGCUCUCUUCCGCCGUUAACGCUCUACGAGAAAGCUCAGUAUGAUAGCGGCAUACCUGUGCUCGAGGGUUACAACACGGAAGUGUUCAAGAGGAUAUUCGCGUUUUACAAGAACGGAAGUUGAAUAAAAUCUGCUAAGUAAAAUGUGAAGUUUUUUUAUUUUAUACAACUGUACGAAGAAAUAUAUACAUAUAUAUUAUCUA